AUGCUCCCCCCUCAACCGGUGGUCGAAAGGCUGACACGGCGUUAUUUCGAUGCCGCCAGCCCGACCCACCACUGCGUCCACCAGCCGACCUUUGCCAAAGAUUGUGCUGUGUUUUGGCAAGAUCCGAACAAGGCGUCUCUGCAAUGGCUGGCGUUGUUGUUCGUAAUCAUUGCACAGGGAACGUCGUUCUCCAUGUUCACCGCCCCCCGGGAACUGGCGGGCGACUCGGACGUUCCCCCGAUGGAGCGAUUCCGAGGGUAUCGUGCCGCCGCCCUUUGGGCCCUGGUGGCAGGCAAGUUCUCGUCUCCCGGACCGUCAACGAUACAACCUUUUCUCUUGUACAUCGAGUCUGAAUUCCUCAUCAACCGAACCUCCCAGAUGAUCUGUUACCUGUUGAUAUCAGUCUGCAUCAGACUCAUGCUGAGAAUGGGCCUCCACCGCGACCCCGACAAGCUCCCCAACAUCCCCUCUUUUGAUGGAGAAAUGAGGCGAAGGCUAUGGCAUGUAGCCUGCCAAUUCGACCACCUCGUCUCUUUCCACAUGGGCCUCCCAAGCAUGGUAUACAGCAUCGAGAGCGACACAGCCCUGCCCAGAAACCUCUUCGAUGACGACCUGGACAAAGACUGCCAUCAGCUACCCCCCGCCCGGCCCGACACCGAGUACACCAUGCUGACAUACCCGAUCUGGAAAUCCUCCAUCUGUCAAGUCUUCGGUCUCGUCGCCCGCCAAGCCAACUCCCUCACCCGACCCACCUACGCCGAGGUCCAGGAGCUCGACAUGCGACUCGACGAAAUAUGGAGCCAGGUGCCCCCUUUCAUGAAGAGAAUCGUGCCACCACAGGAUUAUGAUGGCGAGCCCAUCUCCCCGGUUCUGGUCAACCAGCAGUUCGGUUUGAUAUCCCUGUACAACAAGAGCCGUUGCGUGCUGCACCGUCGAUACCUCAUCGAGCCCGUCCCCAAGCCCGAGCAUGCUUAUUCCCGGAGAAUCUGCCUCGAAGCCGCCAUCAGCCUCCUGGACCACCAAAACCUCAUGCACCUGGCCACGCUGCCCGGCGGCGCACUGAGGGCAACAGGCUGGUACAUCAGCGCGCUGGCCAUCCACGACUUUCUCCUCGCCGCCAUGGUCGUCUACCUCGUCCUUCAGCACGAGCCAGAGUCUGGGAGACACGACCACCAGGAGAGCAGCUGCUGGCCAAGUCUAGACCCGGCCUUGUCAGCCUUCUCGAACGAGGAGCAACUCCAAAAGAUGUUGGAGAGGUCCCAUCAGAUAUGGGAAACCAUCUCGGAAGCUGACGGCGUCUUCCGGAAGGCGACUGACAUGCUCGCCACGAUGCUGAAGAAGAUUGAACUGAAGAAGCAGCAGAACAAAGGCAAACAGCUCGCACCUGACCAGCACCACCCGGAACAUCAGGCGUACGUGCGAGACGAGGACUCUUGGCUCAACGCAUCGCAAAGCCAUGAGCCCUUGUCCGUCGGCAGCCUCUCUGUGACCGGUAUGUUAUAUAUCCGUCCUUCCAAUCCCCAUUUUACACACAUUCCCAGCCAGAAGAGUGAGUGA